AUGUGUAGUACAAAGUACAAGUUUGGGGACCGCGCAAAGGAAAUCACGGAUAGACUUCCCUUUAAUGGCGCAAUUCGCUCUGAUGCUAUUGGCUUCAUUGGUGGGAUCUGGCUCUUAUGGAAUUUAGACAGAGUGGAGAUCAAUGUUCUUGCCAUCACUAAGCAAGAAAUUCACGUAGACGUCAAGGUACGGUCCUCUGACUUUGCUUGGUUAUUGUCUGCUAUCUAUGCUAGUCCUAGGAGUGCAGAAAGAUGUGUCUUGUGGGAUAAUCUAACAAAAGUUGCAGAUUUACAUAAUAAGCCAUGGAUUAUGGUAGGAGAUUUCAAUGAACCUCUAUUAGAGGAGGAUAAGUUUGGGGGUAGAGGGGUUAGCAUUAACCGGUCUCUUCUAUUUAAGGACUGUCUAGAUAGGUGUAAUAUGCUUGACAUGGGAUUCUCUGGUCCAAGGUACACCUGGACCAACAAAAGGGAUAUCAACAAUUUAAUUCUUGAAAGAAUUGACUGCUUCUUCGCGAACCCUGAUUGGUGCUUAUUGUACCCAGAGGCUAAAGUUUCACAUCUUUCUAGAUGCCACUCAGACCAUUGCCCAAUCCUUAUGGAAACUCAGCCUACAAGGUCUGUCUUGCUCAAUCGACCUUUUAGAUUCCAAAGCUUCUGGCUCUCUGAUUUGUCUUUUCCUAGUAUUGUUUCGCAUGCUUGGACCAACACCAGGAAUCUAGAGGAUUCCAUCACCCGUUUUACUAACGAAGCAACCUUUUGGAAUAAGAACCAUUUUGGGAAUAUUCAUAGCAAAAAGAGGAGAAUCUUGGUUAGAAUUUAUGGUGUUCAACGUGCCAUAGCUCUCAGUCCCAGUAAUUCUCUAAUCAACUUUGAGAGCCAGCUUCACAGGGAGCUCGAAAUCAUUCUAGACCAGGAGAGAGACCUAUGGGCUCUUAAAUCAAGGAUUAAUUGGAUGAUUCAAAGGGACCGAAAUACUUCAUUCUAUCAUGUCUCAGCCUUAGCUAAAAGGAAAAGGAACCACAUUGCCUCGAUUAAAAAUGAGGUGGGGGAGUGGAUUACGGAGGUAGGGGCUGCCAUGGACUACUUUAGAAAAGGGUUUAUUUCUUUGUAUACUACCUCGCAGAGAAUGGUCCAUCGAAACCCUAUUCUAAACCUCCAAUGGCAAGCCCAACUCUCAGAUGAGGAUAAGAGAGAUUUAGGAAUGUUGGUCACCAAGGAGGAGAUCAAGGAUGCCCUCUAG